AUGAACUGGGAGGUCCCGAGCCGAGUCCCCGUUCCCGCAGCGGCCGCGGGGGAUGACAUCCGGAUCGUGGGGGGCAGCAGCUGCCCCAAGAAGCGUCACCCCUACCAGGUUGUCCUCCUGGGGCCCCAGAAGAACAUCCACUGCGGGGGCGUCCUCAUCGACCAGUGGUGGGUCCUGACGGCCGCCCACUGCAACACCAACAGCUCCAUCCCCAUCCGCAUGGGUGACCACAGCCUGAAGACCAAGGAGGGGACGGAGCAAUGUGUCACCUCGGCCAAGGCCAUCAGCCACCCCAACUACGACCCCACCACCCACGACAGUGACAUCAUGCUGCUGAAGCUCCAGAAGCCGGCGCGCUUCACCGAGCACGUCCAGCCGGUGGCCCUGCCCAGGAGAUGUCCCCCCCCCGACACCGAGUGCAUCGUGUCCGGCUGGGGGAGCACCAGCAGCCCUGAG